AUGUCUCUUGAAGAAGGCAAGCGUAAGCGCUCCAACAUAAAGCGCAACAUUUCGCGUAUUAAAUCGAUCGUCGAAGCGGCAAGGGAGUCAGAGGAUAAACUUACCAAUGCUGAGCUUCAGUGUCGGCUAGGAAUACUGGAGUCUUACUUCAAGCAGGCCUUAUCCGUCCAAGCUGACAUUGAGGAUUUAGAUCCACUUGACAACGGCCGCGCAGAUCUCGAAGACAGCUACGUAGCAGUUAAGCUGAAUAUUCAAGCGCAACUUGGAGAAGAUGCUAACGGUACAGUGUACUUUCCCGAAACGUCAACAGCAGCAGUUGUUAAGCCCUCGUCGCAUCUGCCAAGACUAACAUUGCCAACAUUUAGUGGCGAUUACGCAGAUUACAAGAAUUUCAUUACUUCAUUUACCCAGAUUGUUGCUCGUGAACCAAGGCUGUCGAACAUCGAGAAGUUUAAUUACUUGUUGACUUGUUUAAAGGGUCCCGCGCUAGAAACGGUUCAUGCAUUCCAAGUCACUAGCGAAAACUAUCCGAAGGCUUUGGAUAGGCUCAAGCACCGGUUCGACAACCCAACGUUAAUUUUUUUGGAAGGUAUUGCCUCACUGUUCGCAUUACCGGCACUGGAAAGGUCGAACGCUCAACAGCUGCGCAGUUUAAUAGACAAGGCAUCGGCAAUUUUUAGCUCCUUGGAGUCAGUAGGAACGUUUGCAAACAUCGCACAUGCAUUGCUAAUUAACAUUGUGAUGGGCAAGUGUGAUCAGCAAACCAGGAGCAAAUGGAACGAGUCUCUGGACUACAAGUCGCUUCCAACUUGGUCACAGUGCACUCAAGUCGUGGAACGACAUUGUCAGUUCUUGCACUCAUGCGAGUCAUCGUCACAACGAAAACCCGAGUCUGGCAAGCAAAAUCGCGCAAGCAAUCGCAUGCAAAACUCGUCAUUUGCUAUCACUAACUCUAAUUGUGUUCUUUGUUCCAGUUCCAACCAUAAACUCGUCAGUUGUUUGAGGUUUAAGGAGAUGAACACAAAUCAACGCUUUGAUCUCAUCAAGAAGCAUGAUCUAUGCAUCAACUGCUUGGGCAAUGGUCAUAGAAUGAUCCAAUGUCCAUCCAAGAAUCGCUGCCGCUGUUGCAAUCGAGCACACCACACGUUGUUGCAUCAUGAGAAUGCAUCUCAACCCACUCAAACAACUCCAGUGGCAGGUCAAGCAUUCCAGCCUUCGGGGUCUACUCGACCUACAUGGCAAACUUCAUCUCAAGAAUCGACAGCAACCCACUCGCACAUGGGUGCAUCGGAAGGUGGGCAGGUGAUUCUUGCAACGGCUAUGAUCCUGGUCAAGGACGCUACGGGUACGUAUAAGUUGGGCAGAGCCCUCCUAGAUUCAUGCUCUCAACUCAAUUUCAUCACUGAGGAUUUCGCGCAAAAACUACGCCUUCGACGUGAGAAACAUAAUGUGGGCGUUCGAAGCAUUGGAGACUCGCUAACCAGUCUUAAGGCGCGUACGACCACGACCAUCAAAUCGCGCACUUCAGCCUUUCAACUGUCACUUCAAUUCGGAAUCACCUCGCACAUAGCAUACCAGCCAGAUGCCGAGAUCGACACGUCCGGUUGGAGCUUGCCAGCCAAUACCAAAUUAGCAGACGAGAUGUUUUUUAAGCCCCGGCGCAUAGACCUGUUGUUAGGAACAGAGGCCUUCGUUGAUGCUCUUGCUGUUGGCCAAAUUCGACAGGGUCCAAAUUUACCGACGCUUCAGAAGACGUUGUUUGGUUGGGUCGUCUCUGGUAGGUUUCGAGGUGACUAUAACGUGACGUCAUCAUCUUGUCUGCUGUCAAAUGAAACCUCAAUCGACGAAAAUUUGCAACGCCUAUGGCAACUGGAAGCCAUCGACACGUCACCAAACCCAACUCAGCCAGACCAUCGAAUUUGUGAAGAGCAUUUCACAAAAACAACUCAUCAAGACCACACUGGUCGAAUUACUGUAAAUCUGCCAUUUAAAGACAACCCAAUUUGUCUCGGAGAUUCCUUCGAUAUCGCUCGUCGGCGAUUCCUUGCGCUUGAGAGACGUCUUCUACGUUCGUCCGAAAUCCGUCCGCAGUACAUUGCCUUCAUGGAAGAGUACGAAAGUCUUGGCCACAUGUCAGUAGUAGCACACCCCAACUUGAAAGAGCCACACUACUAUAUGCCACAUCACUGCGUGCUUAAACCUAGCAGCACGUCAACCAAAUUGCGAGUAGUGUUUGAUGCCUCGUGUCGCACCUCAACACAAACAUCAUUUGUUUCGAUCAUUUGUUAG